UUAUUUCCCCACAGGACCACAUAGCAUUUUUCUUUACUAAAAACUGAACUCAAACACUCUGUUUCACAAGCUUCUUCUCACUCAACACAAGUGUCAAUUUUCUUUGAAGCUCAAGCUUUUAUUCGAUUUGAGGACUCAAACAAGUGUACCAGUUGCUUUUUUAGGUAAUAAUGAAUUCAAAAGAUGAAACAAUGGAUGAUACAACAAAACAGGUUCCAAUAGAGAAAACAACAGUUAUAGAAAGAGAUAUGAUUAGCUCAUUACAUGAAAGCAUUCUUGAUCACAUUCUAUCUUUCCUUCCAAUCAUAGAGACUGUUCGCACUUGUGUCUUAUCAACAAGGUGGAUUGAUGUUUGGACAUUGAUAACCAAUCUACAUUUUGAUGACAGUUUUAAUUAUUUUGAUAAGAAGAUGGAUAAACAACAGUUUGUGAAUUUUGUUGAAAAAGUGUUUCUUCAAUUUACUAAUUCAAGCAUCAAAAGCUUCUCUCUUUGCUUAACUUGUUAUCAAUAUGAGGCAUUAUUGAUAAAUGAAUGGAUCUCUUUUAUAUUGGAAAGAAGAGUUCAAAAGAUUCAUAUUCAGUAUGCCAAUAAACUUUUCAUUCCUUCAAAAUCACUCUUUAGCUGCAAUUCUUUAGUAGAAUUGGUACUUCAAGGUAGAUUUAAUCUUACUCUUCCUGUUUCGGUUUGCUUGCCAAAUCUUGAAAACAUUAAGAUUUCUGGGAUUAAGUUAGUGAGUGAUUUUGAUUCCUCCAAUUAUUCAAAAGAUAUAACCCUUAGUUUUCCAAUUCUCAAAGUGUUUGAAGCUAGAGGAUGUGAAUGGUCAACAAUGCAAAACAUUAGUUUACAAGUACCUCUACUUGAGAGGUUUUCCUUAGCAAUAUGGAAUCAUCAUUCAAAUGAAUCAUGUAAAUCAACCAUCAAGGUUUAUAGUUCAUGCCUAACCGAUUUCUCUUAUGAGGGUGAUCUCGAACAAGAAAUUCUUCUAUGUGAUUCGUCAUCGAUACGUAAUGCUUCUGUUGUGAUUGUUAUUGAUGAAGACAAAAAGGACAGAAUAGAAAAAGUUGGGUUUCAAGCACAUAAGCUUCUCAGACAAAUCCAUGAAGUCGAACGGCUGAAAUUAUUGUUUUACAAGGUUUUAAGGCAUGCUAAUGAUAUUUUCACCAAUUUGCCUACUUUUGGAAGGUUGACUUAUCUGCAACUAAAUGAGGUCACUUAUGAAGCUUUGUUGCAAUUACUCCACAAUUCACCAAUUCUUAAUACUCUUGUUUUACUUAAUGGAGUAUCAGAUUUAAAUAAAGAUGUCUUAUCCUUUGCAAUUGUUCCUCACUGCAUUCUGUCAAGCUUAAAAGUAUUUCAGUUUAAAGGUUUCAAUGCGAACGAACAUGAUCUUUGUCUAGUUAAAUUCGUAAUGAAAAAUGCAGCAACCUUGGAGAAAAUAACGAUAUCACCCGCUUUUUGGCUGCGAUAUACAGAUAUUGACAUGGAGAAAGUUAAGGAGGAGAUACUCUCAUUACCUAAGUGUUCUAGCUUUUGCAUGAUAGAAUUUUCUGAUAUAAGUACUUCCUGAAGAAUUUCAGAACAUGCCAAGAUUAUUUGUGCCUACAACUGUUUCAUGUAUGUAUCUAGUUUUAGUGUAUUGUUUUACUGCAUUAUAAAAAUGCAAUAUGUAAGUGGUUUCUCUUUUUUCUGUUGGUUUUCUAUUAGUAAUUUAUUUAUCAUUAGAAUGUAAUUUAUAAUGUUACUGUAUUGUAUCCUGUUUUUAUAUUGCAAAUAAGCUUACUGAUAUUUGAAUUGCAUCUCCACUAUGAAAAAUGUAAGAGAUGCUGUGUCAGACAUAUACACUCUUGUCAGACACAACACAACAAGCAAUUCAAAUUCUAACUGGGACACCAUAACUUUGUA